AUCAACACAAUACUAUAUAAUGUCCUCAUGCUGGUGUGUUGGUUUAUCUCUGUCCAUGUGAAUACUGCCAUCACCAGUGUCCUCAGAAUAAUCAGGUUUUGAAGUUCUGUCUGUGGCAGCUUGCUAGCAGGUCUGAUUCCACAUCUGGUCCAACAGAACCUUUCAAAAAGAUCACCAGCUUGGUGACCUGUGACUUCAAAUCCAAUGAUUCAUCUUGUUCUUAAAAAGAGAAGAUGAUCCAGGCUGUCCUUGACAUAUCCAAAUCUGCCCAAAGGUAGCCACCACAGCUGCUCAUCAAAGGCAUGUCUUCUCUGCCUGACAAGUGGAUUGGAUUUGUCUCAUCUGUUGGUGCUUCAUACCUGAAAGACUUCUGUCAGAAGGGCUUUAAGAGCAAAAGAGCUCAUCAGACAUCUGGCUGGAGCUCUGCUCAGGCCACAGACCUCACCCAGUUCCUUUCUCCUGAGAGUCUGCCAGCAGCUGGGGCUCACUCAAGACACAAAAUAGACAGUACUGACAGCAGGGACUGGUGGUGGCCAGGAUGCAGGAGUGGGCAUCAAGGAGAGCGUGCCCCUUCCCAGACAGUUCCUCCCAUGUUACCUAACUCAGGUUCUCCAUUCUCAGGCAUUCCUUUGCACUCCCCGGCCAUGCCCUUCGCUCUUCUCUCCCUCAAGACUUGGCCUUCCAUUGAAGGAUCACAGCGAACCGCAGAACCUCAGCACAAGGCACAGUCUCAGCAUCAGCUACAGGAGGAGCACGCACCCAACCCAAGGCACAGCCACAGCAAGGGCUGGGCACUGUGCUGCCCGUGGCGAAGAGUGCAGCAUAGAAAGGACCCAGGAACGAGGGAGGCCAAAGUAGUACAGAGCCUUGCUUGGGUGUGUGGGGCCAUCUGCCACCGCAGAAGUACAAUGCCGGAUUCUUGAAAUGUAAAAAUAGAUCUCAAAAGCGACAUGUUUUAAUGAACUGAGCACAAAGGAACAUGGGCGAAAUAAACUGAAAACAGAA